AUACAACCAAGUCAUUAUUAUAAUUUUUUAAAAGCAGAACUCAAAACACAGAGUUUUGUGGUCCUCUCUCUCAUAAUUUCUCUGGUUAUCGCAACUGUUGACACCAAAACUUAUACACCGCAUUUCUCAACUUCUUCUAUUACUCUUUAAAUCAGUUUCCUUCUUUUAGAGGAGAGAGAAAACCAGAACUUCCAAGCUCUCAACAAUGGCGGAAACUAAGAAAUACAUCUACGAGAUCGAAUCCUCGAAGCCUCAACAAGAAGGUAAACCUUCCGUUGGACCUGUUUAUCGCAGUAUUUUCGCUAAAAAUGGAUUUCCUCAACCUCCUCCUGGUAUGGAGACUUGCUGGGAUAUCUUUAGUAUGUCUGUGGAGAAAUACCCUAAUAAUCCAAUGCUUGGUCAUCGUAAGAUUGUGGAUGGAAAGGCCGGAGAUUAUGUAUGGCUUACUUACAAGGAGGUUUAUGACAUUGUCAUGAAAGUGGGAAACUCAAUUCGUCAUUGUGGCGUCGGAGAGGGAAACCGCUGUGGUAUCUAUGGAGCAAACUGUGCAGAGUGGAUCAUGAGCAUGCAGGCCUGCAACGCCCAUGGAAUCCGCUGUGUUCCUUUGUAUGACACUUUAGGGUCGGGUGCUGUGGAAUAUAUCAUUUGCCAUGCAGAAGUUUCAAUUGUGUUUGUUGAAGAAAAAAAGAUUUCUGAGCUGAUUAAAGCUUUGCCAAACACAACGAAUUACUUGAAAACUUUGGUUAGCUUUGGGAAGAUCACACCUACGCAGAAAGAAGAAGUUGAAAAACUUGGUUUGCAGAUUUAUAGUUGGGAUGACUUUUUGCAAUUGGGUGGUGAUAAAAAUUAUGAACUGGCAAAGAAGAGCAAGAGUGAUAUCUGCACAAUAAUGUAUACUAGUGGAACAACUGGUGAACCAAAGGGUGUACUUAUAUCAAAUGAAAGUAUUAUUACUUUAAUCGCUGGCAUCAACUGCCUUUUAGAAAAUGUGAAUGAACAGUUGGGACCAGAUGAUGUGUAUCUGUCAUACUUGCCUUUGGCUCAUAUUUUUGAUCGAGUGAUUGAGGAAGCCUUUAUCUCUCAUGGUGCACGAAUAGGAUUCUGGAGAGGGGAUGUCAAGUUAUUGCUUGAGGAUAUUGGAGCCUUAAAGCCAACAGUUUUCUGUGCUGUUCCUCGUGUAUUAGAGAGAAUCUAUUCAGGCUUGCAAGAGAAACUUCGUGCUGGUGGUUUGUUGAAACGUACACUUUUUGGUUUUGCAUACUCACGAAAAUUGAAUAACAUGAAGAAGGGUGCCAAGCAUUCAGAGGCUUCUCCAAUGUUCGAUAAACUUGUUUUCAGUAAGGUUAAGGAAGGCUUGGGGGGGAAAGUGAGACUAAUACUAUCUGGAGCCGCUCCACUAGCUAGUCACGUGGAAACAUUUUUGCGGGUUGUUGCAUGCUGUUAUGUUUUACAAGGAUAUGGUUUGACUGAAACUUGUGCGGGUACAUUUGUUUCACUGCCAAAUGAGCUUCAGAUGAUUGGGACAGUUGGCCCUCCACUGGCAAAUGUGGAUGUAUGCCUUGAGUCUGUCCCUGAGAUGGGAUAUGAUGCUCUUGCUAACACGCCACGUGGAGAAAUAUGUGUUAGGGGAAAAACUCUCUUCUCAGGCUACCACAAACGAGAAGACCUCACGAAGGAAGUCUUGAUUGACGGAUGGUUCCACACAGGUGAUGUUGGAGAAUGGCAACCAGAUGGAAGUCUGAAAAUCAUUGACCGUAAAAAGAACAUUUUUAAGCUUUCACAAGGGGAGUAUGUUGCAGUUGAGAACUUGGAGAACAUAUAUGGCCUUUGUUCUGCCGUUGACUCGAUAUGGAUCUAUGGGAAUAGUUUUCAAUCAUUCCUUGUUGCAGUUGCUAAUCCCAACCAGGGUGCACUUACACGUUGGGCUGAAGCCAAUGAGAUAAAUGGGGAUUUCAACGCUCUGUGCGAAAAUCCCAAGGCAAAGGAAUUCAUACUGGAAGAGCUCAAGAAGAUUGGAAAAGAGAAGAAGCUAAAAGGCUUUGAGUUUAUCAAAGCUAUUCAUCUGGACCCGGUGCCCUUUGACCUUGAGCGCGACCUUCUCACCCCAACAUUUAAAAAGAAGAGGCCGCAGAUGCUUAAAUACUAUCAAAGUAUUAUCGAUGACAUGUACAAGACUUCAAGUUAACAAAGUGUUUGAAGACCUGCUCAUCACUAUUUAUGUAGCUCACUUUGUGCUUCUUGUUUUUGUCUCUUGAUCCCUUGUACAUUUAUGCUCACCUACAGUUGAUAAAAUUACAGGUUACAGUUGCAAUAGUGGAAAUCGAAUUGAAUGUUUGGAGUCUUUUUCCUGAUGUUUUUAUAUAAGAAAAUAUGAAGUCAUUUAUCUACACAUUAUAUAUGUGAAAUUUACAUCCUUAUUAUUUUAAGGGUCAGAUAAACAUCUGACCAUUUGUGGUACUACUUGUAAUGUCUGACCAGCAGACUCACAAUACACUUAAAAAUUAAUGUAUAUCCUCCCUUGAAUAAUCA